AUGGAAGGAGCCAUCUCCCGAUCCCCUAGCACAAGGGUUGCCGUGGUCACCGGAGGCAACAAAGGCAUCGGGUUAGAGGUGUGCCGGCAGCUGGCUGAUCAUGGUGUCUCCGUCGUGCUGACGGCCAGGGACGAGACCAGAGGCGUGGCGGCCGUCGAGAAGCUCAAGGCGCUGGGGCUCUCCGACGUCGUCUUCCACCAGCUGGAGGUCACAGAUGCUUCCAGCAUCGAUCGUCUGGCUGCUUUCCUAGAGAUCCGUUUCGGGAAGCUCGACAUCCUGGUGAACAAUGCCGCCACAAGUGGAAAUGAGAGACUAGAUGAUGGCAUAAUACCAGGAGUGGAGAAGUUCGACGGCAUAGAUGUGCAUCAGAGGCUGGAAUGGAUGAAGAACAAUACCCGGGAGACGCAUAAGGCUGCAAAACAGGGCGUGCAGACCAACUACUACGGCACAAAGCACGUUACCGAAGCUCUGCUCCCCUUGAUCCUCUCCUCGUCUGACGGAAGGAUCGUCAACGUCUCCUCCAGCUUCGGACUGCUGAGGCAUUUCGGCGCCGACGAGGUGGAGCUGAGGCGGCAGCUUGACGACAUCGACAGCCUGACCGAGAAGAGGCUGGACAAGCUGCUUGACGCCUUCUUGGGAGGCUUCGCCGACAGCAGCGCGGCAGAGACGCGUGGCGGGGGGCGAACGACAGGGUUCUCGGCGUACAAGGUAGCCAAGGCCACAGUGAACGCCUACACGAGGAUGCUGGCGAGGAGGCAUCCGGCGCUGCGCGUCAACUGCGUGCACCCGGGCUUUGUCAGGACCGACUUUUCCAUGAACUCAGGGCUCCUCUCGCCGGAGGAGGGCGCACGCGGCGUGGUGGAGGUGGCACUGCUACCAAACGGCGGACCCACCGGCGCCUACUUUGCUGAGGGCCAGCUGCAGGCGUCGUUUGCGUGAUGAUUUCAACUGACCUGUUCGCCGCUUACCAGCCAGCAGCUAGGGCUUUUGCUCCAACCAAAUUGUCUUGCUUGCAAUGUUAGUUAAUUACAUGACUAGUGGUGUGGCCUGUGGACAGUGGUCACAGUGCUGUUUUGAAAUUUCACGACAAAUUUCUAUCCAUUGUUCCAAUUCAAUCAGUUUGGCGUCCAUGUCCCACUGCAGGGGACAUAAUUG